AUGCUAGCUCUAUUUCUCGUCCUAGUCGCUCUAACGAGCUACUUCCUCGUGAGACUGCGCCAGCAACGCAGCAUGUUCAAAAAUCUCCCUGGGCCGCCGCAUCACGCUAUCUGGGGUCACUUUUUAAUUAUGCGAGAGAUCGCAAGCACUCUACCCCCCGAUGCAACCCCUCAGCUGUUCGCGCACUUGAUGCGCCAGCGGUAUGGUCUGGGUGACUUCUUCUACCUUGAUCUGUGGCCGCUCGCGCCGCCGCAGCUUGUCAUUGCCCAUCCGGAACUGGCCACGCAGAUCGUCCACAAGAUGAAUCUUCCCAAGGAGUCGGCCGUCAUGCAGAAGUGGACCGGUCCUAUCCUUGGCGAGAAGUCUAUGGUCUCUGCGAAUGGACACGACUGGUUCAUUGCUCGCAAGUCUUUCACUCCGGGCUUCCAGCCGCGGAAGCUACUGCAGCAUGUUCCGAAUAUCGUGGAUGAGGCGCUGGCUUUUGCUGGUGUUCUAAGAGAACAUUCUCAAAGGAAUGACAUCUUCAGGAUGGAAGAUCUGGGUGCGAGGAUGAUAUUCAACAUCUCGGCAUGGGUAAUCUUGGGAAUCAAGUGCAACGCGCAGAGGGAUGAUGAUGAAUUCCUCGAGCUCUUCCGGAAACAGGCCGCCCUGGCACCUCAGGACUUCUGGUCUCGGUAUCUCUACGACCUCAGCCCCCGCCGAUACUAUCAGAAGUGGAGCAACGGACGUGCUCUAGACCGUUACGUUGGUCGUCUGGUAGACCAACGAGUCGUCAGCGGCCCAACUGCCACUCCAAGCGAAAAGGCCAAAUACUACGCCAUCGAUGAUGCCAUUGCUACCAGCCGCACCCUGAACAAGACUACCUCACCUAUCACUUCCAUGGAUAAAUAUACGCGGGACAUGCUCAUCGCGUCCGUCAAGACGCUCAUCUUCGCUGGUCACGACACCUCAGCCAGCACUCUCUGCUAUACAUACGCCGCCCUAAGCAAAGACCCCCAAGUCCUCCACACUCUCCGAGAAGAACACAACGCCCUCUUCGGCACUGACCCCUCUGCCGCUGCAAAUUUCCUCCGCAACGACCCCAACCUCGUAAACAACCUCCCCUACACUCUCGCCGUCAUCAAAGAAGCCCUCCGCCUCUGGCCCCCAACAGGUGUCAGUCUCCGCCGCGGCCAACCAGACCAAACCCUCCUCGCAGACGGCAAAGAAUGGCCCACAUACCCCUUCGCGGUCCUCGUCAACAACUGCGCCACCAUGCGCCGGGAAGAUCUCUUCAAGAGCGCAGAGAGGUUCUAUCCCGAACGGCACCUCGUUACUGAUCCUGCGGAUCCAUACUUUGUCCCGCGCGACGCGUGGAGACCGUUCGAGAAGGGACCGCGGAUGUGUCUGGGCCAGACGUUGGCUUUGAUGCAGCUGAAGAUUGCCUUGGUGAUGACGGUGAGGACGUUUGAUUUUGAGAUUGUUUAUGAGGAGGGGACGUUCAUGUAUCAGGUUUUGGAUGUCACGGCUAAGCCGUCGCUGGGGUUGCCGACUAGGGUCAGGGUGAUUGAGUAG